AAUAUAGAAUGUGCCUUUAAUUUAUAAUUAUUUUUAAAUGACAUAAAAAAAUGCGAGUUAUGAAAGCAUGUUUAAUAUGUCUCACCACAGAUAGCAAAAUGUAUAAUAUGGAUAAACAACAAUUACGACAGCAAUAUAAUUUGUUAACAGGUCUUCAGAUAAAGAAAGGAAAUGGAAUGCCGGAAUAUUUAUGUUUUCAAUGCAUUAGCUAUGUUAUGAAAUUUGUAAAGUUUCGAGAUAAAUGUCACAGAGCUUAUUUUGUUUUGCAAGAAUUGCUGCAUAAAGAGAAGGAGGUCAAAAUGAAUAGAUUGAACACUGUGGACUGUGAUUUAAUUAACAUUACACCUUCUUUAUCGUACUUGGACAUAAAUAAGGCUCAUUAUGAGGAAAUUAAAUUUCAAUGGUUUAAAGAUAACAGAUCUGUAUAUUUGACUAAAGAUAUUAUACCAAUCGUUACAUACACCACUCUUAGUAAAGAUCAAAAUUUUGAAGAAAUCAACCCAAAUGAUAAUGUUAAAGUUUUACAAAGUGAAGAAGAUAUAAAAGAAGAGCACAUAGCAGAGGUAGAUUUCAAUGUCACACUGAGUGAUCCAUGUAAUGAUGAAACUAAUAUAGUAUGUAAACAAACUUCAUCUAGUUUUAAUGCUGAUAAUACUCAAAUAUCUGUUGAUAAUGAUAAUUAUAUGGAUAGUGAUAAUGAGGUGACCAAUCAAAAUGUAGCUCACAAUAAUGAAAAUAAUUCAAACAAAUCACAUGAUCAAGAACCUGAUGGCGAUGUCCUCGAAACAGAGUAUGCGACAAUGCACCCAAUCUCAAAAAAUGAAGCACAAGCAGCUGUUGAAAUUUUAAAAUUGUUAAGUGUUGGAAGAUUUAAAUGCCAUAUGUGUAAUAAACCUUAUAAUAAUGAAAAUCGUUUAAAAAUACAUAUGCGUAUGCAUAAUCCGCAUGUAAGUGGUACUUACUGUUGUGAAUUGUGUAAUUAUUAUUACAAAUCAAGUUUUUUGUUGAAAACGCACAUGACGGAAAAGCAUAUGUACAAAUAUUUGUGUAAAAAGUGCUCUGAAGUGAGUUUUGAUAGAACGUCAGCAAAACAGCACUACAUAUGGACCCACAUGCAUAAACGUGACAAGACAAAAGAAGAAUGGAAGGAAUCUCGACCUAAAUGGCUAAGUAAUAAAGGUGGUGCACGUCUAAAAGGUAUUUGUGCAAUCCGUUCAAGCAGAAAGCCUACUAAACUACCUGAAGACUUCCUCGUUUACAGCCCAGUGAGUCAAGAAGAACAAUACUCUUUGGUUCAGGAGAGGAAAAACACUAGGAAUUAUAUAGAGGCUAGGUAUAAGUGUGAACUAUGCUUCAGGGGUUAUAGAGAAGAAGUCACAUUUAAGAAACAUAUGAGGAAACAUGAUCCUGCAUGUUCAGGUAAUGCACAGUGCGAUAUGUGUAAAUUAUACUUCAAAGAUGCAAGAAAAAUGUACAGACAUAUGAACAUAACACAUUUAUACAAAUAUACUUGUCAAAUGUGCAGUUUUGUGUGUUACAACAAAAGUCAAGCGCACAUGCAUUAUAAAUGGCACAAAAACGUAACCUAUUCAUGCCCCCAUUGUUCAAAAGUGUUCAAAAAAGCAUCAACAAGACUAACCCAUAUUAGGAUCAAACACCCAUCGUCGUUCAUAUGUAACCUGUGCGGUCACAGCUUUGUUAGCGAUUCGGGACUCUACUGCCAUAAGCAAAUCUCGCACACCGCUGAGGAAGUAAAGGACAGUUCGCAAAUCGCCUUGGAUACGAACAGCUCAUUAUAUUGCGCGGAAUGCAACAUGCUAUUCAUGAACCAAACCGCGUACGACACUCAUCUGGGCAGCUCCAAGAAACAUGUCCUUAUGAACUACUCGAUAAAGACAUCGCAGCGUGAGAAGUCGCGAGGUGUACGCGAAUCGGUGAACUGUGAGAAGCGCGCAGCGGGACGGCCGCGGCGUGCCGGCGGCACCUCGGAGAUACUCAACAAUGGUGUAGCCACCUCUACCAACUGCGAGAUUUGCAACAAGUUUCUGGUGAACGAUGUGCAAGCGCGUAAACAUUACGAGUCGGAGCACCCCGGGGCGGAGUUCCUCAAGCGGUACAUGUGCGACGUCUGCGGUCACACCACCAAGCAAUACGCAAAUUUAAUGGUGCAUAUGCGCACGCAUACAAAUGAGAAGCCCUAUGAGUGUCCGCAGUGCGACCGACGGUUCAGUAUGCCCAGCAACCGCGAUAGACAUCUCGUGGUGCACACCGGCGAGAAAAGGUACCAAUGCCAACAUUGUCACAGGCGUUUCACUCAAAGCAGUGCAGUAAAGCUUCACAUACAAACCGUCCAUCUGAAGAUCCCAUACGCACCAUGGGAUAAAAAGAACAGGAAACGACGCAAAGAACUAGAGGGCACGUCCGCUCCGGUCAGUGCCGUAGAUUCUAGUAUACAGCCGCAACAGAAAAUCAUAUUAGAUCAAGAUUAUUUAAACGCUUAUAUUAAUUAUAAUGAUGAAUAGACUUUAAACAACUACCAAGAGAGUAUUUACAAAUAAAGACCUUCAGGAGAUUAUUUUUUAAAGCCUAAAGAGACUGCUCGUUGUAACAAAUAACGCCCUCUAUUGU